ACAAUUCUCCUUCCUCGUUUCUUCUCUCCUUGCGUGUUUUCCUUGCGUCCUUCCAUGCAACCCCGGUGAGAGGGACUAAGACGCAAGGAAAAGAGGCAAGUGAGGGAAACGAGGAUGCAAUUUUGAGAGAUGGGAUGUACCCUUUGUUGUUGGGUCCGGUCAUAAAAAACCAUCCGCGGCUCUGCUCUUCCGCUUUGAACGCAUCAGAGGUAAGAAUACGCUUUGUCUUUUUAACUUGCCAGCAUCAGAGCAUUAGCUAGAACACACAACAGCAGCCUACCAGAACGUCACUGCUAAUACGAAAUAGUGGAAUUAAGUUUGACGUGACUCUGUCGUGUUUCGACUGCAAUUGCCCGAAAAACAUUCAAAUAUGUUCAAAGGUUGCCGAUCCCCGUAGUAGAAUGAGUAUUUAGACUGUCUAGUGAAGCAAAGUGUUUUGGGUCAAAAAAGUAAAUAUAAUGCUUUCGUCGACGUUGAGAUUCCUGGAGUUUCAUCAUCAUCUUCCACACACAUCUAAACACAUCUUUCUCUCUGUCACCUUAUCUCUACUCUAUCCUUCCUGUUUACAUAUUAUAUACAAGAUAUUAUAAUACAGCAGACAGUUAUUUUUGAAUCCUCUAAGUUUGUGCAGUAGUUGUUUUGUCUGAGUUGUCUCCAGCAGGAUGCCGAAGAAGGGGAGGCGUUCCCAGGCGGCAAAGCUGCGAUGGAGGAAGAACCAUCAGGCAGAGUCCUCACCAGAUGCCGGGUCAAGGACCACGGAGACCCAACCCCCCUGUUCCCGAUCUACAGUUAACAACAUCUUUGAAACAUCACUCCCAAGUGCACAGUUCUGGAGUUUGGAUGAUGUGCGGUCCAACUUUUGUGCACGCCGCGGUACUGGCUACCGCCACAGAGUGCGGCCAUGGCCAGUUUCAGCCUUCACUGGGCACAGCCACAAGUUGGUCAUGCCACCUGAGUCUCCUGACAAGAAGUUUGUUCUGAUUGUCGGAGACUCCCAUCUACAAGCCGUUGUAGAUGGUUGGGUCCAGAUGCCAGAGGAACCCUUUUCCUUUGGCUUCAUGUCGACCCCAGGGGCUGCUGCCUCUGCACUGCGGACCGAGGUGCUGAAUGCUGUGGUUCCUCGGAUCCCUGACGCGGUUUGUCUUCUGGCGCCUAGCAACAACCUGACAGCCAGCAGGACCAUCGAGGAGGCUGCCGCUGACUACAACAAGCUCCUCAUCAGUAUUCGCAGCCGCUGGCCCAACGUGUUUGUUGUUGACUUCCCUCCCCGCUUGGACUGUGAGGUGUCUGACCAAAACCUCCUUCGCCAGGAAUACCACCGUGUUUCAGCGUGCAUGGGUGUGCGGUACUUCCCAGCUGUGGAGUACUUCCCCCAUGACCGGCUGCAGCUGUGGAGCAGUGAUGGUGUCCAUCUGAGUGAUCAUGAUGGGAUGGGGAUCCUCGUCCAUUUGCUGUGGUCAGCCACUAUGCAGCAACUGGACACACCACCACCAGCACCCCAGACGAGCCAGCCUGGUGAACCUUCACAGUCCAAGGGUUCAGCCCAGACCAGGAUGGCUCAGCAGCAGGUGGAGGAGUGCUUCUUUCCACUGAACCCAGUCUGGUUCAGCAGCAUAGUAUUAAGUGCUAUGGAGGAAGUGUCUCCUUUUCACCUGUCUUGCCCAGUGGACUACCAGACCCCUCCAAAGCACAAGAGGGGGAACAGAAACAGUGAUCCUACAGCGGCCGGCCCGUCCGCGCACAACAGUGACUCCGGCUCAUCCAGCAGUACGAAGCGUUCAUCCCGCAAGAGACGGUUCAGCAUCAGUAACAGACAGGAAGAGAGCUCGUCUAAACGUCGAUCUGGAUACUUGAAAAGGAUAUUAUCAGACAGUUCUUCAGAUUCAGAUUCUGCAGAUAUAGAAAUAUUUGCCCCUUUAGAGUCUGAUUUAGAGGAAAGUGCAAGCUAUCUUCCAGAGCCCCAAUUGAUCAGUCCCACUGAGUCCACCUCAGGUCCCACUGAGACCACCUCAGGUCCCACUGUGUCCACCCCAGGUUUCACGGAGUCCACUUCAGGUCCCACUGGAUCUGCCUCAGAGAAUCAACGGGAGAAUGAGAGCAACGAUGGAAAUGAAGAUGAAGAUGAAGCAGAUGCUGAGUCACAGAGUCUGCUGCCUCCUGUGGAGAACAGCACGGACUUCCAGCCGCUGUCAGUGGCGAGUGUUGCACGGGCAACUCAGACGGGAUCGACUGUAAAUUCCAGUGUGACUGUGGUGAAGAUGGAGGAGGUGGCAAAGAGAGACGCUGAAGGAUCCAGUCCUGAUAAACACACCGCUGGGCCCUCUGUCCCACAGCAGAGCUCUGAAGGUCCCCCUGCCUCUCCUGACCCCACCACAACCCGCGCUGUCACCAGCUCAGCCAUCUGUGUACCCCUACUCUCCUCCCCUGCCUCUCCUGCAUCGCUCCCCUCAGAGCCGGAGCCCGGCAUCCACUCCUCCAGCUUCUGGAAAAGCUGCAACGCAGCCGGAUGCACACGAGCCAUCUUCACUGAUUUCAUGAGUGAGAUGAACAAUAUCUCGAGCAGGAUCCAGUCAGACCAGGCCAGCCAGGAGGAUUAUGAUCGUGCACUAAAAGUGAUGGAGGCUUCUGGGAAGCUGGCAGAGUUUGUGACCAAGCAGCAGGAAGAGUUACAAAGGAAACAAGAGGAGCUGCAAAAGGCAGCAGAGGCGAUGAAGGAGGUCGUCUCAGCACUGAGGAGAUGAGUCCAUCAGCAGCUACUGUACAAAUCAAAUUGCUCUUUUUUCAACAUUUUAUACAACCAGUAUUUUUCUAUAUUUUUUAUUGAUUAUGCCACAGUAUUUAAGGCAGUGGAAAGGGCUGUGUGUGGAAAUACAUUGAACUGAAAAAAAGGUUCGGGAAAAUGGGUUUCAUUUCAAAACCAGCACAGAACAUGAAGAAUCUGGCAGAAUAUUUGUGUUGAAAAUGUUCCACAUCCUACCCUGUGAAAUUAACCACUUUUACCUGAAUCGUUUUAGAUGUGUAGGUAGCGCAUGCAUGAGAGUUUGUUCCUGUUUAUUGUGUUGAAAUGUGGUUUUGUUUAUUUGUGAGUGGUCCUUGUUCCUGAAGCUGCUUGUAUUUACAGGGACUCCUCCGACUUUUAUCACUUGUCAUUGUUGGCAGUUACUGCUCAAACUUAUCUGAUGCCCCAUUUUGGGACUAAGUCCUAUUUACAGUAAACUUGCUAAAUCAAGACUUAAUACCAAACUGGUAAACAAAGUACAGAGCAGCUGAAAUACUGCUGCAGUUUACAGUUGGGUGUUUUUUUUUUAACUUUAUUUUUUAUUAUUAUUAUUAUUAUUCAUGUCAAACAGAACAACAUAUAGACAGAAUAAUAGCCUUCACAUAGUAUUACCAUACUGGCCAAGCCAAGGUUCCGAGUGUCCAAGAUCAUGUCCAGGUCUUUCUAAAGUCUUCCAUGUAUUUAUAGGUCACAGUUAAUUUGGUGAUUCCUUGUUCCAGGACUCAUAUCCAUCCACUCUCAUACAGUUCAAAAAUGGUCAAUAAACAACUCAAUGACAA